GUUGCUGAGGUGGCCGUAGGAGCACGAGAAGAAGAUGUCCCUAAGGUGGAAGAGCUGAGGGCCCUUCGUCAAAUGAGGCAGCAGGCUUUUGCUGAGGUCCUGGCAAGAGCAAUGGAAUGUGAAGUCCCUAAGGAGGAAACGCUGCAGGAACUUCCUGAAAGGAGACAGCAGGCUGUUGCUGAGGUUGCCGCAGGAGUACAGGAGAAAGAUGUCCCUAAGGAAGAAAAGCUGCGUGCCCUUCCUGAAAGGAAGCAGAAGGCUGUGGCUGAGGUCAUCAAGAGAGCAAUGGAAUAUGGAGUCACUGUGGAGAAAAAGCUGCAGUCCGUUACAGUAAGGAGGCAAAAGACUGUUGCAGAGGUGGCCAUAGGAGCUCGAGAAGAAGGUGCUUGUAAGGAGGAAAAUGUGUGGGCCGUUCCUGUCAGGAGACACCAAGGUGUUGCUGAGGUUGCCGCGGGACAAACAGGAUAUGGUGUCCCUGAGGAGGAAAAGAUGUGGGCCGUUCCUGUCAGGAGGCAGCAGGAUGUUGCUGAGGUGGCCGCGGGAGCAACAAAAUAUGGUGUCCCUAAGGAGGAAACUAUGUGGGCUGUUCCUGUCAGGAGACACCAAGGUGUUGCUGAGGUUGCCGCGGGACAAACAGAAUAUGGUGUCCCUGUGGAGGAAAAGAUGUGGGCUUUUCCUGUAAGGACGCACCAGGCUGUUGGUGAGUUUCCUGUGGUCUCUGGAACCAUGGAGAAUGAUUGGGUGUUGGAGAGCCUGUCUGACUCUGGAACCGAUGAUGAAUAGUCGUCAGAUAGGGAACUGCACUCAGAAGGAUUGGUUGCUGAUCGCUUAGAUUCCACCCACAUCUGCCUAAUUUACCCCAAUAACCACCAGAAGCCUAGCAGAACAGACUCUCCGGAGCCAAGCAUAGACGAGAGGCCCACGGAAGAGGGUCUGCCUCCCUCCCGUUGCCACUAGGCCCCUCCAAAGCGGACCACCGAAGGCAAAGCGAGCUGAGCCUGCACCUCCCGCCCCUGUGCACCUUGCAGACCCACCCCGGCUAAUACGCCAGAUC